GAGACUGCUGUAACUGCUGGUGGUGGUGCGGGGCGGAUGGAGGCGGCCGGUGGGGCCCGGGGCGCGGGCCCGGUACCGGCCAGUGAGGAGCUUCGCACUGAGGCCCUGGGGGGCUGCCGCUGCUCCUCUGCAGAGGAGGCCGCGCUGGAAGUGAGUUGGGUUCAGGGAUUCUCAAACAAGAACUUUGGCUUUAUCAACAAUCAAACUGUCUGCUACCCUUGUGGCAAUUACAUCCUUUUCCUGGACAUUGAAACAAAGACAACGACGGUGCUGCAGUGUCAGACUGGCCAGGUGGGAGCCUUUGCAGCGAAUGGGAACAGUCAAGUGCUGGCCUUUUCAGACCGGAAGCUGAAUCCCAUCAUACAGAUCUACACUUUUCCAGAACUGAGUAAACUGACAGAAUUAAAAGGUAAUGCUCAGCUGGACUACACCUUGCUUGCAUUUAGUUUCACAGGCCCAUAUCUAGCCAGUUACUCUUCAGUCCCAGAAUUUGUCCUUUCAGUAUGGAACUGGCAAGAAAAUAUCCUCCUGUGCAGUGAGUCUCAGCCAGGAGUAACACCGACCUCUUUAAGUUUUAACCCUAUGAAUUGGCAACAACUGUGUUUUGUUACUGAGAGCUCCAUUACUAUCUGGCAUAUCGAAAGGAAUAAUGAUGAGCAUCACCUUAAGCAAAACCCUGUGAAACUCCCUGAUGGACAAGGGUCUGUGAGUCCUCAUGAGGAUUUGUUUUUCCCAGUUUCUCGUAGUGAAGAUCCAUACCAUGGCCCUGAUUUGCCAGUUUCAGCUAUUGCUGGACUGGUAGGAGAUGAAGCAGAAACAUUCAUGCCUAGAAAUUGUAUGAAGCCUUCAGUGCAUCCUACUGCCCACUGCUGGACUGCAACCUCAGAAGUUUACAUGGGCUGUAAAGAAGGGUAUGUUUUGGCAAUUGAUGCUGGGACAUGCAAUGUUUCUGUUCUUCAACAAAAACCUUUACCUGAAUACAUGCGUAAAAUAUCGGACGUGGUGUCAUAUGUUCGUAGAGAAGUACAGAAAAAGAAAGGUGGCAAACCAAAGGAUCUGCAAAAAACAGGUUUAUUUUCCAUGGCAUUUUGUAAUGAAGGACUGUACGCUGCUGGAAGUGAGGGCAUUUUAUUCUUUUAUCACAUCAAAGGUCUGCAGUACGAGAUGAAAACCUGCGCUGAUAUCUUACAACCCAUAACCAGCCUCAUAUUCUCUCCUGAUUACACUGUACUUCUGCUUAUUACUGACCAGGGGACAGUCUAUACUUACAAACCUGCCCACAGUGGAGAAGCUGUCAAACUCUUGGACACUUGCAGCAGUUGUUUUCUGGCAGCUGAUUUUCUUACUCCAGGGAACAAGUACUGUGUGUCUGUAACAAUUUCAGGUGAAGUGCAAGUUUGGUUCCUGGAAGAUGGGACUUGCCUGAGCAAGCUAAACCUUGAUAUUGAGGCAACUGCUAUGGCUUGCUGUCCCUCCUCCAGCAGUGUUUCUGUAGGGACCAAAAGUGGUCAAAUCUAUUUCCUUGAUGUUACCAAAGCUGAAGCUCCCCGGGUUGUUCACAGAAUUUUUCUUUCCAAAUUUCCAGUGCUGUCUUUGCAUUAUGAUCAGAGUGGCCAGUUCCUCAUUGCUAGAGCUACAGAAGGACAUAUCUUUAUUCUAGAUGCCCGACCUUCAAAAUUAUUCCAAGUUCUUGGAUACGAAGUGUUGGCAGAUGAAAUGCUGGGUCUUUCUGUAAUUUCUGACUUCAAGGAUGACUUAGUUGAAGUGAUGGUGCUUCUUAAUGUAGCAGAGAUCCAGCGAGCAAGACUGGAAAUUUUUUGUCUAUCUUCUGCACUCACAACAGAUAAUGAUAAGUAUGUUAAUGAACAAGGAAUGCUUAAUGCUAGUGCCAUUAAAAAGAAGCAAUAUGAUCUGGAUUACCCUUUGAGCUCAGCAGUCAGAUUGAAGGAUAACAUUGUGUAUGGCUACUGUACCUGUGCACCUUUCAUCUGUAAAUACCAUCUCUCUGAAGAGAAUAUGUUGGAAGAUCCAUCAGUAUUUUUAUCAGAAAAGAGGACACCUAGCAAUCAGUUUGGAUCAGGGUACCUCUGUUUAUCACCCAACAGCCGGUGGCUGGCAUCAGCAGCAAAGGAUGGUGUUUUGUUCAUCUAUCAUACUUUUACUAUGGAUAUACUUGCCCAAAAGCAUUGUCACUCAUAUCAAGGUGGGGGAAUCAGAUCUGUGGUAUUUUCACUGGAUGGCAGAUUCAUCCUCAUUAAUGGCGAGAACGAUGGUGCCCUGGUGUGUCUGAAAUGGAAGUAUGAGGCACCACUUAAAUCUUCCAAUGUAGAGGUGACAGAAGAAGAUGGAAACGUCACCAGUUUGUAUUCAGACAGUACCAACGAAAUUACAUGGAUAGGUCAGAAAAUAAGGAAGGUCAUUAGAGAAGAGACUCAGAGGUUUGCUAACCAGAAGAAAGAGCUGCAAAUGGGAAUUAAAAAGCUGCGUAAAUCUAUUCAGAAAAUGAUGCAUGAAAAUGAUCAGGUACCAGAUAUUGAGAAACUGGAGCAGCAGGAGUUCAACCUGGAUAUAGAAGAACAGGAAAGAGCACAAGCAGAGGCUGAACAAGAAGUGGCCAGGGUGAGGAAGGAGAUUGAGAAGGAGAAUUUAGUCAACUGCUAUUUGCAGGAUGUCAUCAAACAUGAGUGCUGGGAUGCUAUGUGUGUAAAAGGACGUGCAGUUAAGUGCUUCCAUAUGGCUUGUGAAGUGAAGAAUUAUCCACUGAAGGAAUAUAGUGAAGAAGAGCUGGAAACUUUGGAGAAAGUUCUCCGGUUAAAGAAGAUUGAGACAGCUGAUCUUAAGGUUCAGAAGGAAAAUCUAGAGUCUGAGGUUAUAUUAUCUAAGGAAGGAGAGAAGGCAGAAGAAGUAAUGGCUGAUGAUAGUGCAUCUUACUGCCUGAUUGGAAGUCUGAGUUCUCAGUAUGGUGGAGACACAUCUAUUCUAUACCACCAAUGGGACUUGCACACCAGGGAGCAGAAAGUCAACCAGAUAGUGUUAUUGAAGGACAUAAUUUACAAAGUGAAAACUGCUUUUAAUAAGGAAUUUGACAUAGUUGCACGACAAAAGGAGCAGGAGAUAGCACGAGUGAAAGAACGAAACCUGAGGAUCCGAGAAAUCUUGGCACAACUUGACCUCCAAAUGGAAGUGUGGGAGCCAGCUCUUACAGAUGAUGAGAUACCAGAGCGAGCGCUCACUGUUCAGGAUUCAGAGAUUAAAGUUGAAAAAUACUUGACUCAACAAGAGAGAGAGAAGGCAGAAAUGCUGGCUAAGCUUGAAAUGGAAAGAUGCCUUGCUGCUAUGGUACUUAAAGACAAUGAAAGACUGCGUGCUCUUAAUGACAUGAUGGGUGGAGUGCUAGAAGUCAAAAAGGAAGACAUCUUGAAAAUGGACAUUCCUCCACCUCCUUUUGUAUCCAAGCCUGAGCAUGUUUGGAGUGAUGAAGAAAAGAAUAUAUUUAGAGAACAUGAGAAAAAAGUCAAGGAGCUGAAUGAAGAAAAAGAAAAGUAUAGAAGGGCACUGGAAAAUGAACUGAAGAAACUUGAAGCUUCCAUCCGGGAAACAACACAAAAUUUUGAUGAGACUGUGUGCAAACUCUCUGAAAGGAAAGUGAAGUUAGAGAUGGUCAUCUAUCAGGAAGAACUCAAAAUAGUAAAUCUUGUUUAUGCUUUACUGUUGGAUGAAGAGUUGAGCACUAGAGAAACUGGACUUCAUAAUUUCCUUAUGAAAAAGGAGAAAGAAAAAGUCAAGACUGCAAGAACAAUCCAAACUACAAAAAAUAAAAUUGAAGAUUACAUAGACACCUAUGAAAAUGCAAUAGCUGAAGAGAAGAAUCUGGAAUGUAGUUUUACAAAGGAGUUUGCUGAUGUACCUGCCAAUCUCCUUGAUGAACUUUUCCAACUUUACAAACAUCGACCAAAGACCCCAAUGACAGAAAAGUGCCUUGACACCGCCAACCCGUAUGGGGAGUGUUCAGGCUCAGCUGAGGGUUACAAAGAUGCACUUACCCUUUUAAUGAAAGCAAUGGAUGAACUGGAUAGUCCUGAGCACAUGCCUUAUGGCUUAGACCCAUCUAUGUGGGAACGUUUUUGCCUAUCUAGACGAAAUAAAAUGGAGAGUGAGGAGCUGGUGAAAUGGAAGGCCCUAACACUCGCAGAGAUGCAGGCCUUUCUCCAGAGAAGAAUGGAUGACAAUGAGGAGAUUGAGUCAGAAAUAGAAGACAUUUUCCAAGAACUCACUUGGCUGCAGGAAGAGAAAAUGAAACUUCAAUUGAAUUUGACUGUCCAGUUUUUGCUAAAACAAGGACAGGUGGAAUUGGAAAGUACUGAGAUCCCAGACUACACUGAUGCCAUUCUCAUUAAUAAGAGUGUUAUUGAAGAACUGAAUUGCUCUAUCAUGGCUCAAGGAAAAAAAAAAAUUGCUAGCAUGGUGGAAUGUAAAGACUUCUCUAAAGGGAUAUUUCAGCUGGAAUGGGAACACAAGAAAAUGCGAAUGCAGAUAGAAGAUCUGCAACAGAAGGCUCGGGAUAUUGUAACACUACCUAUUUCAAAAGAUCGCCAGCUA